CUUAAACGAUCAAACACCUUCUGUUAGCGUUUGUGACACGUAUUGCACACGAAUCUACAGAAUACAAUCUUAUGUAUUGGAAAAAAAUUAGACGUGCUUCGGUUGGUAGUAGCUGUGUAGUUUUAACCACUGAAAUAUUUCGUAAUCAACUAACAAUUUACCGUUUGUAUAUUUUGUACAUAAAACUAUUCUAGAUUUGUUGUCUUUUUCUAAAAGCUCAAGGCAAACGUUAUUGAAAAUAGUGCAGCAAAAUGAUAUUACAAUCAAUGUUUAGAGUAUUAGUCAUUGGCAUAUUCAGUGGAUUAAUAUUUACUUUGUAUACAACUACCAACACAAGGCUGUUCAACACAUUCUUUGCAACAAAGUCAAUCAAUCGCACAGAAACGACUUUGUUUAACGAUCGAUCAAGUGGUAUUGUAAACGACCAGAAUCACAGAAAUGCACACGAAGGUGAAUUCAAGCAGAAUGAAGAUGAAUCAACUUCUCGUAAACUUGCUGAUGAUGUUCGCGUUCUAGUAUGGGUGAUGACAUCACCUAGCCACUUACCUGUCCAGGCAAAGGCUGUGAAAGACACCUGGGCACGUCACGGUCAGCUGGUGCUUUACUUCAGUUCUAUUGACAACAAGACAUUCCCAGCUAUUGGCCUGAAUGUCUCAGAAGGAAGAGAACAUCUAACAGCAAAGACGAUGAAAGCUUUUAGAUACAUUUAUGAGAACCAUUUCAAUGAUGCUGAUUGGUUCGUGAAGGCUGACGACGACACUUACCUGAUCAUCGAAAACUUAAAAUAUUUUCUCUCGGGGGAAAACUACAGUGAGCCCGUGUAUUUUGGCCAGCUGUUCUUAAUUUGGUCUAAGCCGGGACUUGACCAAGUAUUUCCAUGCGGUGGAGCUGGGUAUGUUCUAAGCAAGGAGGCGCUGAGAAGGUUUGGGGAAGGAGCCAGGCAAGCUAACUGUGCUGGGGACUACGGUGGAGAGGAUAUUCGGAUGGCCCUGUGUCUGGAGAAGCUUGUAGUACGGGCUGGCAGGAAUCAUGACGCCUUAGGCAACAGCCGGUUCCACCAGGAAACUCCUGCAGUCCACAUCAACGGGUUAUAUAGAUGGUGGUAUUAUAACAGAUCAAUCGAGGCAGUCAGGAAGGGUGUGGACGGCCUCAGCGACUACACAGUGAGCUUUCAUCACGUGACUCCCGCAGACAUGUACAUGCUGGAGUUUUUUAUCUAUCACCUGCGGCCCUAUGGGAUACCUAUACAACUCCAGGAAUUAAAUAACAAAACAUUUUUAUCAAAGUUAGAAUCAGUAAGAACAUUUCCAAAGUUAAUUAGCAAAACUGCUGAGUUUUCAAACGCAAGUGAAAUAACUUAAGUAUUUGAAGACUGAAACUCUAGAAACAGCAAUAGACAGAAUGAGAGGCGUAGC